UUAAACGCAGUCCACUUUAUGAAUUUGUCUUGUCGAGGAGUCAAUUUUAUUAAUUUUGCGCAGGGGCUUAGCCAGGCCCCAGGCUGCUCGGGCCAUGGCCCGGAGCGUCGAAGCAAAACAAUUCGUAUACUGUAUCUACAGUAGAGUAAUGUAGCUGCUGCUAUUACUAUUCCACCGAAGCUGCCGUGGGGCGUAGCCAUAUCCUGGGGCUACCGCACUGCCCCAAAGAGACUUCAUGCGGUUGACUUGGCCUCAAAGACACUUUCAUGACGUGAAACCUCAUAAAUUGGCCGCACAGUUCUGGAGACGGAGAAGAAUGUUUCUUCUGGCGAUAAGGAUGAGAAUCCAGUAAGUGUUGCCGCGCAAGCUGCAAAAACACAACUCACUUGUUUCCUUGUCCUCCAUCCAUGGUUGUUCUUCAUCAUGUUCUGCGCGCGCUUUGCCAAGCACUUAUCCUCGCUGAGGUGAUCCUUGGGCAAAGUGACAGGGAGGUGCUCCGCGAACUGAAGAGCUUCCUCCAGGCGCAGAACCCGGUGAACCGUGGUGCCUACGACGCCUGGUCGGAGACCAAGGCCUCGCCGUGCCGUCUGCAAGGUGUUGGGUGUGAUGCCGCCGGGCGAGUCACUUAUCUCGACCUCUCGAGCUCCAACAUUGCCGGACCUCCCUUCGGUAACUUCUCUCGCCUCAGCCGGCUCACACACCUUGAUCUCUCGGCAAACAGCAUCACUGGCCAGCUCCAUCCUGAUCUCAAGCGCUGCCGGGGCCUCCAGUACCUCAACUUAUCAAGCAACCUGAUCGGCGGCGCCCUCGAUGUGUCCACACUGACCAACCUGCACACACUAGAUGUAUCUCAAAAUCGGUUCCAGGGCAACAUUAGGACAAACUUCACGUCCAUCUGCCGAAACCUCAGUGUCAUCACUGUCUCCAGCAACAACCUCACAGGCAGGAUAAGUGGGUUGUUCAGUGGGUGCACCAAGCUCAGUGAUGUUGAUCUUAGCUGGAACCAAUUCACCGGAAAUGCCGUAUGGAAAGGGAUCGAAAGGCUUACACGGUUCAAAGCUUCGACGAACAACCUCACAGGGAGCAUCCCUUCCAGCAUGUUUCCCAAGGGGUGCAAGCUUCAGUAUCUAGACAUCUCCAGCAACAAACUGUCUGGCAGUUUCCCAGAUUCAAUUGCCAAUUGCUCAAGUUUAAGAUCCCUGUCUCUAUGGAACAAUAGCUUUGGUGGAUCUAUACCACCAGGAAUUGGCUCGAUCGCGGGGCUCGAGGAGCUGGUUCUUGCGAGCAACCACUUCCAUCACAAGAUACCACCCGAGCUGAUAAACUGCACCAGCCUGAAAUUUCUGGACAUCAGUGACAAUAAUUUUGGAGGAGAGGUGCAACAAGUCCUUGGAAAAUUAGCCAGCCUAAACCAUCUUGUACUCCAAGAGAAUAAUUACAGUGGAGGCAUUGUCUCCUCUGGCAUUCUACAGUUGUCAAACCUGAGCUUGCUUGAUCUCAGCUUUAACAAAUUCUCCGGCAAACUGCCUAUUGAAAUUGCUAGCAUGACAAGUAUCACAGCCCUCAUGCUUGCAGAGAAUAACUUCUCUGGAAAAAUCCCACAAUCAUAUGGUCAGCUUCUGAGGCUCCAAGCAUUGGACUUGUCAUACAACAGCCUCUCAGGUGAGAUCCCACGGGAGAUUGGUAACCUGACAUCGCUUCUCUUGUUGAUGCUGGCUGGGAACCAACUUUCAGGAGAGAUCCCAAGGGAGAUAGGAAACUGUACUAGCCUGCUCUGGCUCAACCUUGUUAGAAACCGGAUAUCCGGCAAAAUACCACCAGAGAUGGCAAGUAUGGGGAGGAACCCCAGUCCAACGUUUGUCAAGAACAGAAGCAAUCCUUCACUGAUAAGGUCCGCCACAAGUAAAUGCCUUCCUGUGUACCGGUGGCUCCCGGCAAGUUAUCCAGAGUUCGACUAUGUUGAACUAAUGAUGAUGUCCCAGAAGAACUGCCUAACAAUGUGGAACAGGAUCCUCAUGGGGUAUGAGAUACUUCCAGUAACUUCACCAUUACGAACGGCCUUGGGAUAUGUUCAGCUGUCAGGAAACCUACUAAAUGGGGAGAUACCCUCCACAAUUAGUGCAAUGAAGAACAUUAGCUUGCUCCUCCUUGAUGGCAACCGCCUCUCUGGACACCUACCAUCAGAGAUUGGUUGGAUGCAACUAGUUGCUCUAAAUUUGUCCGACAAUUCUUUCUCUGGUCAGAUUCCAUUCGAAAUUGGUCAUCUGAGUUCCCUUGAGAGCUUCGAUUUGUCUUGGAAUAAUUUCUCCGGUGCACUCCCAUCAAGCCUAGACAAGCUGUCUAAACUAAGUAAAUUCAACGUUUCAUACAACCCACUUCUCUCAGGAGAGGUCCCAAAGACUGGGCAACUCUCCACUUUCAAUGACCAGUCUUUCCUUGGUAAUCCACUCUUGUCUUUGAACUCACCUGUGGCUCCUAGUCCUCGUUCAAUUAACAACCAGCCCCCCUCGUAUGGUACAGAAGAGCAUCCUACAAAUGAAGAGAUUGCUGUGUCAGUAAUUUCAUUCCUCGUUUGCUUCUCUGCCACCUUUGUUAUCAGAGAGCUUCAGUGGUUCGUGUAUCUGUACCAUAUUGCAUUACGUAAAAUCAGCAACUGUAGGAUAUCUUUGAAGUAGUGUGUGCCCAUGGGUACAUGCGUUUGUUGCAAUGUACGCACUUCGUUAUAUGCUUUCUCCUGAAUAAAGAUUGAUCGAUCUACUGUUACCUUUAUAAA